AUGGCACCUUCUCCUGAUGUGCGAUGUGCGAUGUGCGAUGUCCUACGUCUGAUGACCUACGUCUCAUGUCCUAUGUCUCAUGUCUGCUGCACAGAGACCCGUGAACACUGGAAGCCGAAGAAGCAAAAGUUGUUGGAUAAUUGCUUUGUGGCGGCAGACGAAGGGAGUAUGCCGUUCUUGGGCAAGAUUGUCGCUAUCGGUGAGGGGGGAUCGCAGAAAGCAAUCGAGGAGUGUGGGCGGUUUUUUGUGGUCCUGUAUUGGUACUACCAGUCACGAGAAAUAUCAAAGGUGUGCGUAGCGAGGCACAGAACAUCUCAGAUGCGCCGCGUGUCUUACCUUGGCCUUGGUCAGGUGUACUUCAGUAAAGUGGAGCCGAAAAACCCCGAGAAAUACCUGAUGCAAAAUGCCGAAUGGUGUUGCUCGUACGUCUGGGAUGCGAAGGGGCAAGAGAAGGAUGAACUAUCCAGUGGAGAGUUGCAUUCCUUGGCAGACCCGAACUUUUUGGAGAAACCGUUGUCGAAUCAACUACCAUACGGGCUGCUGAGCAUUCAAGACUUUGUUCGCCUCUGCUGUGAAAAAUUUCCAUAUCCCUACCCUGUGAUGGAUUUCGUCUACACUCAACUUGACUCAAAAAAAGGACCAAAGAUACUGAAAGUGAAUCCUGUCACCAAGGAGCUUGAGAAAGUGUCCAAGUCGAAAGAAAAUGGAUCAUCUCCACCGGAUGCGAAGGUUGCGAGCAAGAAAAAGGGCGAAGCCAAGUCGUCCAAGAAACGGCCACUGGAUGGAUCUGCUGGUACCGAACAAGAUGCGAAGCGGCCGAAACCGACUGCAGGGAAAGCGCUGGGGUUGAAGAAUGCACCAAAACCUCAGGCUCCUUCCCAGUCAAACGCACACCCACCGGAAGUCAAGAAGAGCAGCGAUUCUAUAGCCAAGAAGCAGCAGAUGGAUGCCAAGGCAGCGUCUUUGCACGCAAAACUCAAGGAGGUCGUUAAGGUCAAGAGACCCCCGGCGAGGAUGAAGGACGUCGACUCUGCCUUCAAUGUCGAGCUGGAAGCUGCGAUAGAGAGCCGGUCGAGCUCCCGUGUCGCUCACGAGAUCAAGGAGUUGGACAAGAUAAAGAUCCUCCCCCUGAUACUGAAUCUUACACAAGCGCCAUCUCGACUACAGAUGGCUCUCCAGAAGAUUCAGUCGCAGCCGGGCCUUGGGGCAACGGUGACGGAGGGCAAGCAGAUCUUGGACAAGUGGCACCUGACGUUGGGAAAGUACAUGGCGAAAUACAAUAUGGUGACAGGGGAUUACGAGGGGAAACAACAACUCAUCUCCCUGGCUGACAAGGCUAACGUUCGGAAGAUCGGCUUGAAGCUAGCUGAGAAGUUCGUGACCGUCGAUGCGGUCCCCCUGCUCUCCGAGAGCGUCUGGAAGCAGAUUGGAGCCUCCAAGAACGAUAGGUUCCGUAUUCUCAGCGCGCUCCCCCAGGAACUACAAAACUUGAUUGAGGGCGGGAUUGAAGCCUGGAAGCCUCAGACCGGGGGAAGGACGAGCAAGGUGAACGUGACCUACGACAAGGAGUAUGUGCCGCAGCAGCUCGUGGAGGUAGAGCUCAAGGUUCACAAUCUCUUCGAGAAAGCAAUGCACAAGGUGCAUCUUCGACCGACGGCUAUCAACUGCAACAGCCUGCGAGGAGGCUUCUCCAACUCCAGAUUCUCGUCUUCAGUGCUCAUAGCGUAUUUGCCCUUCGAUUCACUAAGAAAUUUUGAGCUUCUUCACUCUGUGCUGCCGCCCAAGGCAAAGCAGAUCAAAGUGAAGCCCUUCGAGGAGACGUUUUACGAUCGAAGAUUCCCAGAGAAGAUGAUGGGCCUUAGCUCUUCCUAUGAGACUGAGAAUCGAUUUGCUAGCAAGUGGGCUGACAAGAAAAACAGGGCGAGAACAGCUCCGGAGUUGGCGCGCACGCAGACUGACAUCCUAGGAAAGCCUCUGGUUCGAGUGUUCGAUGACGACAUGUACAAGACAUCUGCCCACUGGUUCCAAAGUGGCUCAAAGAUCCGUGUCUGA